GCAACUUUCUCCAAUGUCACUGGUCCUGCCGAGUGCGCUCAUCAUGCUGGCUGACCUGGUGAGUUUUGCUCUGCCGCUGGACGGGGGAAAACGCAGCUCAUUCAAAAUCACUCUGGUGCUCAGCUUCACCAUGUUCCUCCUCAUCCUCACCAGCCACCUUCCUGAUAGCGGAACCUGCAGCCCUCUAAUACGUUACCACUUCUGCUUCUGCCUGUUUGUUCUGGUGCUGAGCAUGCUGAUGUCCAUGGUUUUCACAAAGCUGGCAGCAGAUGGCAGCAUCCGACCUUUCAAACCUAAAGAGCUGCGUAAAUCAGAUCUCAACAUGAACGGUGCAGCAACAAAAUCUGCUGGCUUGACCAAGGAGAGAGAUUCUCUGGAGAAGAUUGUGAGUUUUGUGGAGAACGCUGACAAAAAGGAAAGGAAGCUAAAGAAGAGGCAGACCUUCGCAAACAAUUUGGACAAAAUCAGCUUCUGCAUAUACUUGAGCCUGGAUAUCAUUUACAGUGUAUGUGUCAUCAUUUUGACCCGAACAGAAUACUGUAAGGUUAACAAUCUGGACUUCUGGGAAUAG